CUAUCAUCAUUAUUAAUAAAUGCUGCUGCUUCUGCUGUCGAUGAUGAUAUAAUCAAUGAACCAACAACAAGCAAAGUGGAUGAAAAGAUUUUCAUUGCAGACGACAACAAUGAUUAUGAGGAUUUGUAUGGAGGUCGAUCAAAUAUUGCUGAUGAUGAUGAUGAUGGUAGUGCAAGAUUUGAUUCACCAUCAUUGAAAAUGUCAUUAGUACGUGGCCAAUGUGGUUAUCCGGGAUCACCGUUAAACGGUCGUGUAUUACAUCUAUUGGAACGUUAUGAACAGGGAAUGGUUGUUACCUAUGAAUGUGAUCCGGGUUAUUUUCUAUUAGGUCCUAUGACACGUACAUGUCAAUCCAAUAGUACAUGGUCAGGACGGAUGCCUAUUUGUGAUCAAUCGAUUAGGAAUCUCGGUUUAACAUCAGCAUCCGAAGCGUUGAAUAAUUAUCCACCACAAUUAGCAGUGGAUGGAAAUUUUCGAACAUGUUUCUUUUCGAAUCGUCGUAAACCCAGAUGGUGGCGUGUUGAAUUACCCAGACAAGUGAUGGACGACAAAAAUCAAUCGAUUAUAUCGAUUGCAUUAACAUUACCGCCAAUAAAUGCUGAACUUUAUUUUUCAAUCUAUGUGAUUGAAGUGGAAACACUAACAACUAAUGAUCAUCAUGAUAAUGACACCUUUCCAAUGAUGAAUUCAACAAAAACAUCAUCCUCAUCAGGUCCAACAACAACAAUGUCAACAUCGUCCAAAUAUCAUAAAUGCGCAUCAUUUCGUGGUGUAUUUUCAUCCAAAACAAUAUUCGUACAAUGUUCAUCGUCAUCCAAUGGUGGUGGUCUUCAUGGAAACUAUUUACAAAUCGAAGAUGAUUAUCCCCAAUUAGAAUAUUUCGGUCUUUGUGAAGUGGAUGUAUUUGUUGAGCGUAAUCGUUAUGAAUGUGGCCAGAUUGAAGUACCGGCAUUUGGUUAUGUAGUGGAUCAGCAGAUUUCGGUGGAUGGUUUGCGUUCAGUUGAAUAUCAUUGUCAUGAUGGUUAUCGUUUGAUGGGUCAAACACGACGUCAAUGUAAUCAACAAACCGGACAAUGGAUUGGUCGCGAACCAUAUUGUGAACGAAUCACAUGUCAACAGCCAAUUUCCAUCCCGAAUGGAUUUUAUCGAAUGUAUGGGGAAGAUCACUAUGAUCAACCUGUUGUUGGUUCACGUACUGUUUAUGAAUGUCGUCCGGGUUUUGUUUUUGUUGAUUCCAAUUCCAAUGAUACACGUAUCUGUGACCCGAAUGGACAAUGGUCCGGCAGUUCAGACAUUCCACAAUGUGAACCAAUCGAUUGUGGUCAUCCAGAAUCAUUAUUGAUCAAUUCGGAAGAAUUUUUUCUAUCCGGUGCACAAUUUCGAAUGGUAAAUGAAUCGACAAAAUUUUCUGCAUUAGCUGAAUUGAUUUGUUCCACACAAGAUGUUCAACGUUCAAAUCUAACACGUUCAAGUUUAUGGUUUCGUUGCCGUGAAGAUGGACUUUGGACUGAGAUUACCAGUCUAAAUGAAACAUCAUCAUCGAAACAUCGAUCAUUCACCACGACUAGUUGCGUAAGACAAAGACAUAACGGAUUUCUAUACUUUUAUGCUUAUGGAUCAUCAUCAACGAUGAAAAAUUUUUUCCGUAAUAAAAAUUUCUAUAUCCGUGAAACAUCGGUCAAUAUUCUGCAUCUGUUGGCUGCCGUUGUUUUAGCUGCGUUUCUUUCCAUAUUGAUCAUUAUCAUUUUGAUGUUCAAACGAAAUAUAAUCGAAUGGCCUGAAGCUGCUUGGUCAUCAUCAUCGGUAUCGACAAUGAAACGACGAAUCAAAUUGACUGGAGAGUCGAUUGUGAAAUUUUUUGUAACAAUCAUUCAUGGUAUUCAUCAUUGUUUCACAACUAUUUCAUCAUCAUCGAAUGUUGAUUCUUUUCACCCGGAAUCUAACAAUGAUAUUGGUGGUCAUAAUGAUGAACAUUUAGAGGAAAAAGAACAGCCAAGAAAAUCAUCAUUAUUGAAUAAAUCAACACCGCCUAUAUUCACCAUAACACCAUCAUUGAAUUUAGAUGUCGAAUCGAUGGGUAGAAUCAGCCAUCAACAGAUGAUGAAUGAUCAUUUAGUCAAUACCGCUUCAUCAUCAUCGUCGUCUUCCUCCUCAUCAUCAUCAUGUUCGAUUGCAAUGGAUCAAGAAACACUGAAUACAAACAAAAAUGAAAAUGCUAAUGGUGAUAACCGCAAAGAGGAUAUCAAUCAAGCAUUGGCUACAUUCUACGAAGAGAUUACUAAUGCAGCCAAACAAAUGUUUUCUGAAGAAACUGAUCGAAAACUAAUUCGAGCAGCUCGUAUUGCAGCCGAAUUGGAUGCCAUUAAAAAUCAUCAGCAAAAAUCAAGUCAUUAUCAUAAUCAUCACCAUCAGCAACAAUAUAAAUGGAUCUAUUCAACACCACCAAGAAUCAAUCAUCCAUCUGGUUGUACUUCAUUACCGCCAUCCUUGCAUGAAUAUCAUCAGAUAUUACCAGCAACAAAUACAAAUAGUCAACAGCAACAACAACAACAUCCACAAGUUACACAAAGUCAAAUAUAUGCCAAAGUAGAUCUUAUACGCAAACAUCGAUAUCGUAAAGAAAAGGAUAAUAUUGUUAGUGUUUAUCAGGUGCCAAAACCACGUUGUCCAAUCAUAUCAUCACAACAACAACAAUCAUCAUCGUCAUUAUCGGAUUACCAUCAAUUACGAAAAGCUAUUUCGACGCCUGAUGCAUUUAUUGAUAACCAUAAUGAUUAUGUUGAAUAUGGAAUCAUUAGAAGGAUACAACCACAGCCAAUGUUCAACACCAUUCAAAGACCAACAAACAAAACAACCACAACGGUCACCAUUCAUGAACCGACCAAUCAAUUUCCAUUAAAGACCUUACUUUGAACUUUGUAAAGUGUUACUUAUUUUGUUAAGAAAAAAUGUGAUAAACUCUUUGGUUAAGAUGAUUAAUAAUUAAUAAUU